AUGGACCCAGAAGAUAAAAAGGACCUUGAUCGCUACAUUAGAGACAAGGCUCGGGCAUUAGCCAAAGAUAAAUUUAAUGAUGCAGGACAACUAUGUAACUGUAUUGGUGAAAUCUACUCAAAAUAUGGUCGUUUUGAGGAAGCUAUCCUAGAGCACAAACAAGAACGCAGACUUAGUAAACUCUUGGGUGACACGAUUGGCAAAGCUAUAUCCUGCAGAAAACUAGGAGAAUGUUAUUGUUCUUUAGGAGAAUACAGCAAGGCCCUAAAACUACAGAAGAAACAUUUAGAAUUGGCCAGAGAGUGUAAUAAUUAUUUGGAAGAACAAAGGGCGUGGGCAACAAUUGGCAGGACGUAUUUGUGCCAGGCGGAGUCCAGGAAUCUUAAGGAAUCCUCUCUGGCUUGUGAUAGGGCUUACAAAGCUUUUACCAGAGCUCUGGAGGUGUGUGAGAAGAUCAAGGCAUCAGUCAGCCAGAUAGAGUACAUGUCCAUGAAGGGUAGACUGUAUCUGAAUCUGGGACAUGUGUUUGAUGCUAGGGGAGAUGCAAACAAUGCUGUGCCUAUGAUGAAAAGGGCCAUAAGUAUAGCUGAGAAAUGUAAGUUGGAUGAUGAUCUCUACAUGUGUAACUCAGGGCUGGCCACCAUGUAUGAGAAUGAUGAGCAGUACAGCAAUGCCCUUAGGUCAAUACAACUGGCCCUCAAAUUUGCUGAUAAACUUAGAGACAAAGUUAGAGAGAAAGAGAUGCUUGCGCAAAAGGCUAAGGUUCAUGUAUGUGUUGGAGAUAUUUUGGCCGCCAAACACUGUUUAAAGAAGGCCUACAGUCUUAAAGUUGACUCAGAUAUAACUCAGGAAUCACUGAUUAAAACAUUUAAAAAUGUGACCAAAAUACAGGAAGCAGAGCAAGACCUAGAGACAGAAACAGAUGAGAAGAAAAAAGCCAAACUAAAUGAGAAAAUUGCUGACAGUCUAGUGGAGCUAGGAAUCUAUAAAGAAGCCAUUAAAAAAUAUGAUAUAGUUGUGACAGAGUAUGGUCACCUGUUGUCCAGUGAUGAAAUAGCUGCCAUCUACAUGUCACUGGCUCAGACCUACUCAGAUGUUAGAAAUUAUGAGAAGGCUAUUGAGUUCUACAGAAAAGAGUUAGCAGUGCACAAGGAUGACCAUGAACAGUGUUGUCGAACUCUGUUAAAUAUUGCAGAACUGGAGGAACUGAAAGGUGCCAAGUAUGCAGAAAUAUGUCAGGUCUACUUGUCAGCAUUUGAAGCCGCUAGGAAAGCCAAACACCCCAAACUACAGGUACAUACUCUCAAGUCUCUGGUUAUGCUACAAAAUCUUUGUAAACAAAACACCCACCUACAAGAAACAGAGAAAAAACUGGCUGCUAUAAAAGAGAAAUACAACAUUACAGAGGACACAGACAGCCUGAGUGAUGAAGAAGACGAUAAAAAAGAUGACCAAGAGGAUGAUGAUGAUGAUGAGGACUUAAGUAUUGCAGAACUGACCAUGUCUGAUGAAUCAGAUGACCAAAAGGGUGAUACAUCUCCACGUCGUAAAAAAUCUAAGCUUGCCAGAAGAAACGAAAAGGGCGAGACACCACUUCAUAGAGCCUGCAUUACAGGAAACUUAAAGACUGUGAAAUCUCUCAUCGCAGAGGGUCAUCCAGUGAACCCAAGGGAUUUCUGUGGCUGGCUACCACUGCAUGAAGCUUGCAACAAUGGUCACAUUGAAAUUGUUAAAUUCCUGCUGGACUCAGGGGCAUCCAUCAACGACAGGGGAGGUGAUGAAUGCAGAGGGUUUACUCCCCUGAUAGAUGCUGCCUAUUGUGGCAACCUGGAUGUGGUUAGACUGCUGAUUGACAGAGGGGCCAAGGUUGAUGCUAAAGAUGAUGAUGGUUACACUGCGUUAGACAGGUUGUUGGAGGGAUAUGCUGAGCAUGAGGAAGGCACACUAAGUGCUGCUGAUAUGCUUGAGUAUAAAACCACAGAGAAGCUACUGAUCAGCAAGAUGGGUGCCUCAUAUUCAACUCCGAGAACUGCAAAACCUAGUAAAACUCAGAACUUGAGGCUGCCAGACCUAACAGAUGAGGAAGACGUUGUGCCAGAGAGUAAAAGAAAAGAUAAAGUCUCUGGCAGAGUGUUGAGGAAAAGAUUGGAACAAAUGCGACAGAAGAGGGAGUCAAAAUUGUCCAAACACUCUCGGACGCUGUCUCAAGAGGAUGAGGAGAUGGCUGAUUCUUCAGAUGGAGAAAAAUCAGAAGACACAAACUUCCACCCUAGCAUUUCUUCCCCUGUCACUCUCAGCAAAAGCCCAGAAAACGCCACAAAGCUGUACCGGUCAACAAUGGAUUCUAUAGGCAGCUCAGCACAGAGACGACAAGAUGUGGGGCAACCGCAGGGGGAAGAUGAUGUCCCUCCUGAUAAAAGACCAGCUUUGUUGAGUGUUGAAGAUGAUGUUGGAGAUGACUGGUUGAUUGAUGAUGUGAAGAGCGCAAGGAAGUGUAAGAAGAGCGCAGUGGUUAACAGUAUUUUAACCACCAGCUCAUCUAGGAUCAGCAGUACAACAGGGUCUAAGAAAAGGGGGAGGAUGACAGACGGAAGAGAAGGCUGCAGCACAUUUUCAGACUUGUCAGUCAAGCGUUUUAAACAAGAUGACAAGAGCAGGAAAAGUAAUGCUGUUAGUGUAGAUUCAGAUGUUGCUGACUUCAACGAGAACUCAAACGACACUUGUCCUGUUUCGUCUACUGUUGGCAGUUUAAAAACUCAGACGUCUGUAGGAACCUACAUGUGGGAUUCUGAUGACGAUAUUUUAUGCCAGAUUGAUCUAAUAAAUGAUGACUUUUCUGAUCAAAACACAAGUCAAGAAGUCAACAGAAGUCAACAAAAAUCUCCAGUAUUGCGUGGGAAAUUGUCUUCUUUGAACACCAACAACCAAGUCAGUAAAACAGCACCUAGAUACAAACCUCAGCUGUUUCAGGGGGACCCGGUCAAUGUUCAAGCACCAGAAGACUCGUCAACAAAACCUUAUUCUGUGAAAACAACGGAAACAAGCACCCCUCAGCAGCCCCCCAUAAACCAUUAUGAAAAAACAUCCUACAAGGACAUCAUCAGAGUGAAGGUAAAGCUGGGGGACCACAUCCUGUUGAUCCCCAUCCAGCCAGUGGAGCAGGAGAACAACAUCAUCUGGCUGUGUCAGCAGGCCAGGCAGAGAUACUUCAGCAUGUUCCUCAUGCUGCCCUCUGUGACCCUCAGCACACAAGAGGGAAUCCUUCUCUGUUCCAGCGACAAGAUCAAUGCGAUCAUCCUGGACAACGACGUCCUCACAGCCAACAUCACAGCGUGGGAAAGACCCAGACUUGAGGACAGAUACGACCAGGCGUGUAAACUCUGUCUCUGUGAGCCAAACAAAACUGUGCUGGCAGCCCUCAAGCAAUCAGACUCGUCCGGCCAUCUUUCAUUGAAUGACUUAGGACUCUCCUUUUCAUUUCUUCAGCCAGUUUUCCAAGCUUUGGAUGGCCAGAAAACACUGACAGAGCUGUGUUUGAAUGGCAACAGACUGGGUGAUGCUGGUGUAGAGACACUGAUGAAGCUUGUGUCUGGUCUGCCUGUUCUACAGACCCUGAUGCUGGGUGGGUGUGGCCUGUCUGUUGCUGGUGUUCAGACUAUGGCCUGCAAGCUGAAGGCGGAGCAGUGUUUGCAGUCGCUGGUAACACUAAACCUGAGCCACAACUGUCUAGGGGAUGUGUCGGAGCCACUCUCUGCCAUCAUCAGAUGUUUGCCAGAGCUAAGGGCACUCAAUCUGUCUUCUUGUAACUUGUCUGCAAGAUUAUUUACCUCCUCAUUUUGUGAAGCAUUACAUGGUUGCAGAAUGGGGAACAUUAACCUUUCCGAAAAUGAGAUAAAAAUGGAAGGUAUCACAGCUUUGUUCAACUCUCUACACCCUGACUGCUUGCAGUCCCUGGAUCUCUCUCACACACGCUCUUCAUGUGAAGGAGAUUUGUCCAAGCUGCUAGAGGACUUUGUCACUAAUGAAUUUUCUUGCCUAAAAGAGCUCUCAUUAGCUGGCUGUCAGCUGUCACCCUCCGAAGUUACAUUUUUGAACAGACUGCCAGCAAUGUGUAAGUCACUGUGCUCACUCAGUUUGUCCCAGAACACAAAUGUCAACAACACAAGUGUUCAAAAGCUGUUGUACUUAAGUGCCGGUGAUGGAGCUUGCCUAGAAGAGCUGACCUUGCGUGGCUGUUCCAUCUGUUCCCCCAUAGGAUCUGAGCUGACAGAAGCUCUCAAGACAAAGAUGUCCUGCUCUACGCCACUCAAAAAGUUUGUUUUUUCAUGCAAGGGUUUGAAAGCGGAAGAUGCAAGUGUGGUUACUGGUAUAUGGAAAAGCUUCUGGAAAGAGAAGGCGUUAGUUAAAUCUGUAGGAAUGUCUAUUUCCUUGACUGUCAAUUCAUCAACUUGAUUUUUUUUAAGUGAUGUUUACUUGUGUUAUUAGUGAUACUAAUUUAUAAGGGCAUACAUAGGAAAAAAGCUAUGGAACAUUUUAUAAAUGAUACCAAACUGGAUGUAGGUGUGUAGAUUAUCAACGACUGUUGCCAUGCAUGGGUAAAAAAUAGAUUUGUAAAAAGGUUUCAAAAGGUUUUUGAAAAUUAUCUUUGUAAUAUGUUCCUUACAUAUUGCUAAUAAAUGUGCAAUCAUUUGUGUUUUUGAGUCGCUUAGCACCUAUGCCUAAAUAAGUUUUUCAAUGAUGAGACAAUAUUUUUAACCCUUUUUCAAAUGUGAUUAAGUUUAGAAAUCAGAACAACAAUCAUUAAGGAAUGAUUAUUUUACUGCUAACUCUACCUAUAUUAUGCUUCACAGAAAGUUAAAAUAUUGUCAAAAAAUUAAUAAGGAUCACUAAAAAGCUUGAGGUGCAAAGCGACUCACAGGGGAGGGCCAUGUGUGGCUGAAACGUGAUAAUUUUCUGCCAGGAUGGUGUCAUACCAUAACUUAGAUGUACUCUUAAUUGGUCCGUGACCUUGAGGUUUUCUUUUCUGGGGUGGCAACUGGUAAUGUGUAUGUCACAGGCAGCAGGUGUUCAAGAUCACUUUCAUUCAUCUAUUAAACUGGUCUCUGACAUUGAGGUUUAACAAAGGACAUUUUAGGGGGUGACUUGCUAGUAUAGAGAAUACUGGACUGGCUGUUCGAUUGGGUUGUGUUUUGUAUUUAUUUAAUUUGGUGAGGCUUUUUAUUUAGUUUGUAAAUUUAUCAGCUAUACAAGUAUAAUAGUAUAGCCCAAAUAUGUUUGUUGGAGUAUAGUUAACCUACAUAGACAUCGUUUAAAUGGAAUUAUUGAGAUUUAAAAAAAAUGAAGGUAGAUAUUUAAUAACUAAAUAAUAAAUAUUGAAGUUUAGUUGGUCCCAUAUUUCUAAAGGGCUUAGGUCCGUUUUAUUUUGAAUAAGAUGAAAAAUCAAAGUGGGAUGUCUUUUAUUUCCAAUGCUGAAAAUUAAAUGUUUCUUUUCUUACUUUUGGUAAAAAUGAACUUGCCAAUUCAUUAUAUUCGAUCUUUUGCCUAAGUUGUUUCUUUAUUAUUCAUUAUGUUUAUGGACUGAAUAAAUAUGUUUCAGUUCUUAGAUAAAUUGGUUCAAAUUGUAAAUAAAAUCUUGUGUACAUUUAUU